GUUCUCAAAUUAUCAUGGGAAAGUUAGCGAUCAUGUUGCAGGGUAAGUGCAAGAACCGCAAGGAAUCAUCAUCAUGGCCAUUGACAAAAUGCUUUUACCACACCAAUAGAAGAGACACUGGGGCCAGAAUUGAAGAAGAAUGGAACGUUGAUUUUUCUGAUCUCUUCAUCGGACACAGGUUUUCUCACGGUGCUCACAGUAAAAUUUACCAUGGCAUAUACAAGCAGCAACAUGUUGCAAUCAAAAUUUUCGAGGUACGAGAAUGCGAGGAAGAGGGAAACCUUAGAUCGCUUCUGGAGACACAAUUUCUGAGAGAAGUCACACAUCUACCUCGUAUGCAGCAUCAGAACGUGGUGAGUUUCGUAGCAGCAUGCAGAGAUUCUGAAUCUUAUUACAUUCUCACGGAGUAUCAACAAAAGGGUUCUUUGAGGGCACAUUUGAACAUGCUCGAGUCCAAGCCAAUCUCUCUGAGGAAGAUCAUACGUUUUGCUUUGGAUAUUGCACGUGGAAUGGAAUACGUGCAUGCACAAGGCAUCAUUCACAGAGACCUUAAACCUGAGAAUGUGCUUGUAGACAAGAACUGUCGCCUCAAAAUUGCUGAUUUUGGCAUUGCUUGUGUUGCUUCAAAGUGCGAUUCAUUGAGGGGAACGUAUCGUUGGAUGGCACCAGAAAUGAUCAAAGGAAAAUGCUAUGGAAGGAAGGUUGAUGUGUAUAGUUUUGGGCUUAUUUUGUGGGAGUUGGUGAGUGGAACACUGCCAUUUGCAGACAUGAAUCCGGUUCAGGUUGCUGUUGCAGUGAUUGAUAAGAAUUCAAGGCCUGUUAUUCCCACACAUUGCCCACAUGGUUUGAGAGAUUUGAUUAAUCAGUGUUGGGCGUUGAAACCACAGAAGAGACUUGAAUUCUGUCAGAUUGUUCGAGUUUUGGAGCAAAUGAUCAAAGACAUUGUUCUCUAACGAAGGAAAGUCACAACUUGUUUCAUUUCCAGAUCAGUAGUUUACAGUGUAAAAAUUGCAUUCUGAAUUACUGGUUUUUGGAGAUGAAAGAGACGUGACUUGUGAAAUAAUGGAGUAUAGAAACUGCUAUACCUCUAAGAUUAAUCUUUUUUGUUUAUGUUUUGUAUGUAGAAGGAACAUGAUUGUGUUGCACAGAUCUUGUAGCUAUGCUCAUUGUCACAGUUUUUUGUUGUAUUCAUAAAGUUGGUCAUGUGCUUUAGUAGUGACCUGGUUUUUGUAAUUUGUGUACGACCGUUCCAUUGUUAUUAGAAAAAAAGAAGAAAAAGAAGAGUUGUUUUAGAUAUUUAUAGUCGUGUCAAUUAUUUCAUUUUG